AUGAGUGUUGGGAGGGCGCUGAGUGGCGGUAGUUUUGCCAGUUGUUUUGUAUGUGCGCUGCGAGAUGGUGUUGAUAUCCAUGAACAAGGCUUGAUAUCCAUGGGCAAUAAGUUAUUGCCCACGGUUUUCCCAAUAAUUGAAAGUUUAACGAAUAAUGUUGCGAAUAAUAAUUUAUAUUCAGAAACGCCAGCAUGCUUCUCAGCAAGACUGACAGCUCGACUGGGCGCACAGCCUAUCUGUCGACGCGAUGGAACAUAUGCACCGAUUCAAUGUCAUGUAGAGACUGGAUAUUGUUGGUGUGUAACGCCACAAGGUCGGCCGUUACCCGAUACAUCAGUAAGACACCAAAAACCAAGAUGUCUGAGAUCCGACUCGAAAUCUGCUGUUUCUACUAGAAGUGGUCAAACACGACAUUCGCUAAGAAAACAGCGCACACAGUAUACAAACAACAGACAUCGUAACACUUGCGAUCGAACAGAGAAGUCCAAAUUCAAUGAGAACCUUAUCGAAAAUUUCAGAAUCGAAUAUAGACGGAUCAAUAUAUCUGUUGACGGCGAAAAAAAUAGUGAACGAGUGCUGUCAUGGAAAUUUGGAAUGCUGGACAAAGACGGGAAUGGUUAUUUAGAUUCGGAAGAGUAUAAAGAACUUAGAAGACUCGCUAAAAAGGCGGUGAGGCCAAAAAAGUGUGCCCGAACAUUCGCUCGCACGUGCGACCUAAAUCGAGACUUUAUGCUGUCCAGGCAGGAAUGGGGUGCUUGCCUCGCAAAUGACUUCACUCGUAAGUUAUACGCAAAUCGCAUGUCUUCUUUCAUUUGA